AUGGCAUCCAAUACUAAACUUCGCGUCCAAGUAAGUGAUGGGGAUAUGCAUGCAUAUGGUGACCAUUGUUCUCCCUUUGCCAAUCAGAUUGGCAUUGUUGUGCGUAACUUUGUUUCACCAAGAUUGAAGGGAUGGAAAUAUGCUUCUGAUGAUGAAAGGAAAAUUGUCUACAAACAUAUUGUUAGAUUGUUGAGAGGCAUUGUCGUGAUAGGUACAAAAACAAUAGGAGUUAUUGCAACAAUCAUUUCAAGCUGUGUAAGAUGCAAGGCAAAGACCCAUUGCAAUUUAGACCAAAAAGAAUACGAUGUCAAGAAGAUUGGGAGUGGUUGUAAACGUUCUAAAGCAGGGCAAUGUAAUAGGGCUAAAAGGCUAUAUAAUCAUCAUGCUGGAUCAAGAUCGUUUAUUGCAAGAAGGGCAGCACUGAAUGAGAUGGUUCGGCUACAAGAAGCACAAACGCAGCAGACACAAGAUGAUGCUUCUCCUGAUGAUACUGGUGCACCGGUUUUUUUGACAGAAGCUGACAUUCGUGCACAAGUCCUAGAGUUUGAAGAUUACAAGGUUGAGGUAAAAAGACUUGCACAAGUUAUGGAUCAACAGGCAGAACUCAUUGCCAGACUUUCUGCAUUCUUGGAUGAAGUUAUGGAAAAAAAAUCGAUAUGGUGUCAUGAUAAGCUGUCAGAUGAAUACACAAAUGGUGUUAAAUCAUUUAUUGAAUUGGCUAAACAUCAUUUAGAUGAAGAUAAUAGGACUAGAUGUCCUUGUCGAUAUUGUCGGAAUGUGUAUUUCCAAGAUAUAAGUGUAGUUGAACGACAUUUAUGGGUGAAAGGAUUUUCACCAGAUUAUCACAAUUGGAUUUAUCAUGGAGAGGCAUUGAAUUUUCAAGGAAUUGAAAUGGGUUUUGAGGAAGAUGAUGAAGCUGUUGAACAUGAUAGGGAAGAAGAUGAUAAUGAUGAUAUCAUGGUAGCAUUGCAAGAUGCUGCAGGUGACAUGGAUAUUGAUGUAGAUGCAUAUGAAAGUCACAUUGGAGAUCAAGAUCAUAGAAAUAAAGAAUUUUCAGGAUUAUUUGCUGAAGUUGAAAGCGAGUUAUAUCCAGGGUGUACAAAGUUCUCUGCAUUGACUUUUUUGGUCAGGUUAAUGCAUAUAAAAGCUUUAAACCAUUGGAGUAACAAGUCAUUUAGUAUAUUGCUUGAACUUCUCAAGGAAGCACUUCCAGAGGGUACUAAAUUGCCAAAGUCUUACUACAAGGCAAAAUGUACACUUCAUGCACUUGGAUUAGGAUAUGAAACGAUUCAUGCUUGUAAAUGGGAUUGUGCAUUGUUUUGGAAAGAAUCAGCUGAAUUGGAUAAAUGUCCAAUAUGUGCUGAACCGAGAUACAAAUUUCAAGGUACUGAGGGGAAAAGGAUCCCUCAAAAGGUGCUUCGAUAUUUUCCUAUCAUUCCAAGACUGCAAAGAUUAUUUACAUCUCGCCAUACUGCUAUUGAUAUGAGAUGGCACAAAGAGAAGCAUCCUAACACAAAUGGAGUAUUGAGGCAUCCAGCAGAUGGAGAAGCAUGGAAGCACUUUGAUGAACAAUAUCCGAUAUUUGCUAUGGAUCCUCGUAAUCUCCAGCUACAUGCUGCCACUGAUGGAUUUAAUCCUUUUAGUAACUUGAGUACUUCGUAUAGCAUGUGGCUAGUGAUGUUAGUGCCUUAUAACCUGCCACCUUGGAAGUGCAUGAAAGAGACUUUUUCGAUGAUGUCACUAUUAAUACCAGGCCUAACGGCACCUGGAAAAGACAUUGAUGUGUACUUACGGCCUAUGAUUGAUGAAUUGAAAGAUCUAUGGACAAAUGGUGUCACCACUUAUGACAUCUCUAAAAAGGAGAGGUUUACAAUGCAUGCAGCAGUGUUGUGGACAAUACAUGACUUUCCAGCAUAUGGAACACUUUCUGGAUGGAGUACCAAAGGAUACAAAGCAUGUCCGACUUGUAAUGAAGAUACUUCUUCCCAAGCUUUAAGAAGUAAGAUUUGUUACAUGGGACAUCGUUGA